AUGGAAGGAGGUCGACCGCCGGCGCAUCUGUGUAAAGUGUGCGAGAAGAGCUUCCCCAGUGGGCAAUCCCUCGGCGGCCACAUGCGGUCCCAUCACAUCGCGGUGGCUGGCGGCGGCGAGGAGCCGAGGGCGCCACCGGGAUCGUACCGACUCAGGGUGAACCCUAAGAAGACGUGGCGGAUGUCUGGCCCCGGAAACGGUGACGACGGGGAGAAGCGGUGCGGCGAGUGUGGGAAGGAGUUCUUGACUUGGAGGGCUUUGUUCGGCCACAGCGAGUGUCACUUUCCGAAACCAAAGCCAGUGAAACAGUUCGAUGCAGGGAUUACGUCGGCAGCGAUCUCGCAGCGGAGGCGGAUGCAGGCGAUGGCUUCGUGCUCGUUCUCGAGCUCGGAGCAUGAGCGCGAGGACGCGGACGGAGCGAUCGGGCUUAUGAUGCUGUCAAGGGACUGCGGGUGCUGGGCCGGCGACAGGGACGGCAGCAGUGAGUCUUCGGACAAGGGAUCGGAAUUUGAUCUUCCGAGAAAAGGGAUUAAAAAGAUGGAGUAUUCCGAUGAUCAAUUGGUUGGCGAUCUUGAUUCGCUCAAGAAUCAAACAAUCUACCCUUUUCCUGCGGAGAUCAAGUGCUCCUCCUGUGAGGAGUCGGGAAAGGGUUUCCCGAACAAAAAGGAUCGGAGGAGCAUUUCGGACUCUAUCUCGCUAGGCGCUGCUUUCCAAUUGGAUGAUCAAAGAAGCCGAUUCCAAUGCGCGGACUGCAAGAAUUCUUUCCAAGCACUCGGCGGCCAUCGCGCGAGCCACAAGAAAACGAAUUGUUGUCCUAGAAGCAAGAUGGAUUCCGCCCGUGGGAUCGCUAACGAGGAAACUGUUGACGGAGACGAAGUCUCCGAAGCAAGUUUCGGAUCGACGAAGAAGAGGUGCCAUCCGAUGAUCCAGCUGCCGCCUCUGGAAAUGGCGAAUUCGCUCGAUCUCAACCUCCCGGCCGGCGUCGAUGGCGAUGCCGAAUUCGAUUCUUCCUCUUGGAUUCGCUGA